AUGUCCACAACCACCCUCGAACAAGCCAUCCACGCCCAAACCCCAAUAAUCCUCGACGGCGCCCUAGCAACCUAUCUCGAAACCCUAGGCGCCGACAUAAGCGGCGCCCUCUGGUCCGCCGACAUCCUGCUCAAAAACCCGUCGCUCAUCAAACAAGCCCACCUGGACUACUACCGCGCAGGCGCGCAAAUCGCAAUCACUGCAUCCUACCAGGCCUCGCUGCCAGGGCUCGUGCAGCAUCUCGGGCCCGGGACGGUGGGCGAAGACGAGGUCAAGGAGGUGGUGAGGACGAGUGUGAGAUUGGCGCAGCAGGCGAGGGACGAGUAUGUUGCUGAGAGGACGAGGGAGGGUGCUGGCGAGACCUCGACACCGCCACCACAACUCUGGGUCGCAGGCAGCGUAGGCCCCUACGGCGCCUUCCUCGCCAACGGCUCCGAAUACCGCGGCGACUACGAGCUCCCCAUCCCAGCCAUGCAAGCCUUCCACCGCGGCCGCAUCGCCGCCCUCGUCUCCGCCGGCGCCGACAUCCUCGCCCUCGAAACGAUCCCAUCAAAGCAAGAAACGAUUGCGCUGCUCGACCUGCUGCGCCACGAAUUCCCCACCACAAAAGCCUGGUUCACAUUUACGCUGGCCGGGCCCGACGCCAUCGCCGACGGCACCCCGCUGGCCGAGCUGGUUCCGCUGUUCAGGCACGAGGCGCAGGUGCUCGCGCUGGGCUUCAAUUGCGUGCCGGAUGGGGUGGGGCUUGCGGCUGUCAAGGUGCUGAAGACGGUGUUGCUGGAGCAGGGUAUGGCGCGUGUGGGUACCGUCAUGUAUCCGAAUUCGGGCGAGUUGUGGAAUGCGCGGGCGAGGGAGUGGGAGGGGAGCAGGACCGAGGGCGGGUUGUUGGGGGAGAAGACGAGGGAGUGGUAUGCGGCUGGCGCGAGGCUGAUAGGGGGUUGUUGUCGGACGACGCCGGGGGAUAUAGGCGUCAUGAGGGAGGCGUUGGAGGGGUUUAGGUGA